AGUCACGUUUUUUGGACAUUCUAAGGUGACAGUUGUACAUUAGAAUAUUCUCAUUAUUGCAUAAUAUUAGGCGGUGUUAAUUGUUUUCGCAAAUUGAUCAUAAAGUAGAAUACUUUUUUAAUGUAUUAUGGAGACCAAUUAGAUUGAUGUAUUCUAAUUAAAUUACCUCAAGUAUUAAUUUAGAUAUGUUUCAUCUAGACCAAUGAGUAAUGGUACCUAAAAGACUGUUGUUUAUUUACGUAAUUAUUUAGGUCAUUAUAAAAUCAAGAAGGUCAUGCAUUUUCUUUUUUAAUAAGUAUACUCAUUCAGUUUGACGUCGCUUUGCUUGCGUUGCGCUCGCUCGUGUGAACAUAUUUAUUCAAAAGUGUAACGUAUGAAAUACUAAUAAUAUUAAGUAUUUCUUGAAUUUUUUUCUUUCCAGUGUUGUUAAAUUUCGUGAAUAAUUACGUGCAUAAUACAAAAAAUAAACUCUGAGCGAUGACCCGGCGCAAGCGUGUGUAGUAAAAACUAUAAAAUGUCCGUAAUUACUAUUAUUAUUUAGUGGUUCCGCGGUGACAACUCCGUAAGCUACUUUGGGUGAUGAAAUCUUAUCAUUAACGUUUAAUUUGUCGUGGACGACUAAGGUGCAAGCGAGCCGGCGAAAAAUAAUAAAAAAUAAAAAUGGCGACUAUUAUACAGCGAACUUUGAAAGGGUACGAGUACCUGUUUCAGGAAAUUUCUGACCCACGGACAAACGACUGGUGGCUGAUGUCAAACCCGGGGCCAUUGUUAACAAUCCUAGCUUCAUAUUUGUACUUCUGCAGCUAUGCGGGCCCCCGAUACAUGAAGGACAAGAAACCUUACAACUUAAAAACUGUUAUAAUGGCGUACAACUUGUUUCAGAUUGCAUUUAGCAUAUUUUUAACCUAUAAUGGUAUUUAUUACGCUAUCAAAACUGAUUAUAACUUUAGCUGUCACUCCAUCGAUUACUCAAAUGAACCUCAAAGCAUCAGGUGGGCAGCUGACGUAUGGUGGUACUUCGUAUCGAAAAUCACAGAACUCCUCGACACGGUGUUCUUCGUUCUACGCAAGAAGAACAACCAGGUGUCAUUCCUUCAUCUCUACCAUCACACGCUGAUGCCAACGCUUUCGUGGAUAGCCGUGAAAUAUUCUCCAGGUGGUCAAGCUAUUCCCGAGGGAACUAUUAAUGCAUUCAUUCACAUAUUGAUGUAUGGAUAUUACUUCUUAGCUGGACUCGGUCCGCAAUACCAGAAAUAUUUAUGGUGGAAGAAAUAUUUAACUUCUUUACAAUUGAUUCAAUUCUGCAUCGUCCUUUACCUGAACGUCACGGGAAUCUUCGCCAAGAACUGCAAUUAUCCUAAAUAUUUAAAUGUAGCUGUUAUUUUUAAUUGCUUUGCCUUCCUAUAUAUGUUUGGAAUGUUUUACUACAGGAGUUAUGUUAAAAAUGCAAAGAAAGCUAUACGGAAAUUGGAAUAAAAUUAGGAAUUGUGAAUAUAGAUUUCAAUUUUGUUUGUGAUUUUGAAUGUUAUGGUAAGAAGUAAAAUAAUCAUAGCAAAUAUUAUUGUCAUAUUAACAAUACUGUGAUUAAUCUUCUGAAUAACCUUAGUUGCGAAAGAUUAAAUACUUGGCUAGACUAUUUUGUAUCACCCUUUUAAAUCUUCAUAUAUUAUAAACGGAUAUAUUUAGUGGUUAAUGGUUUUUUUUAUUAUGGUAACGUUAGCAUUGGCGAUGGAUAAAAUGACAGAUACCUCUUAUAUUAUAUAAUAUCUUAAUGUUUCCUGGCAAUUAAUGUUAUGCUGCAUUUUUUGUGCACUUAUCUCUCUCGGAAAAAAUAUUUACAUUAGGAGAAUAUAAGAAGUUUUAAAUUUAUUUCAUUUUCAUUAAUAUUGUAUACAGUUCGUUGAUACAAUGAGUACAAUAAUAUACUUUAGUGUUAAAUAAUAACGAAUAUAACACAGAUUAAUGUCAAUGUAUUCUUAAAAAUAUUUCAUAAAUCGUUAUAAAAAAAAUAUUAGAAUGCGCGGGAUAGGUAUAACUAAGUAUUAUUUUCUACAUUUGAUUAUAAAAAUGUAAAUAGUCGAAUUAAAUAAUUUAAAAUAUUUUAAGUAAAUGUGAUAUUUAAAAACAGGUUAAUAUGUAUGUAAUGAAUGUACUAAUGAUCCAAACUACAAAGCAACAUGUAACACGGCGAUAAACAAAUCCAAACAAGUCAAUGUGAGAGAUAUAUAAACGUGAUUGUGAAAAGAUAUUCCGUGAGAAUAAAAAGUAAUUUAAAAUACGAA